AUGUUUGGAAACGACAUAAGCAUGAUGACCUCUGUGAAACUAUGGUUAUCAAAGACAUUCUUAAUGAAGGAUAUGGGAAAUGCAUCUUACAUAUUGGGUAUUAAGAUCUAUAGGGAUAGAUCGAGAAAAUUAAUUGGAUUAUCUCAAUCCCUGUAUGUGGACAAGGUGCUCGGAAGAUUCCAAAUGGAACAUUCCAAGAAGGGUUUUUUGCCAGUCAGACAUGGAAUUCACCUCUCUAAGAGCAUGAACCAUAAAACCCCAGAAGCAGUGAUACAGAUAAGCAGGAUCCCAUACGCCUCAGCAAUUAGGAGCCUAAUGUAUGCUAUGCCAUGUACGAGGCAUGAUAUCAGCUUUGCUGUGAGCAUCACAAGUAGAUAUCAAUCAAACCCAGGAUCUGAACACUGGAGUGCUGUAAAGACUGUGUUAAAGUACCUAAGAAGGACCAAGGAUAUGUUCCUAGUCUAUGGAGGAAACCCAGAAUUAUUGGUGGAAGGAUAUACAGACUCAGAUUUCGAAUAUGAUGUUGAUGAUCGGAAAUCCACUUCUAGAUAUGUGUUCAUAUUGAAUGGAAGGGCAAUCAGUUAG